AUGAAUCAAUUUUGUCAAAUCAAAAAUAAUAAUAACAGUUACUUCGUACAUCAUAUGAGAAAAGCAAAGCCUUGCGUGUCUUUGAACAAUACCAGCAUGAGAUGGAAGCGAUCGAUCGAAGAUGAUAAUUUGGAAGUCUUACAAAAUCUCUCCGUGGCAAUUGUAAGAAAGCAAUUUUAUCAGAAGCUUCGGGUGAAUAUUUUCUCAAGAGUAUCUAUGACUGAAAUUACUACUAGAGAGUCUUUGAUAUGUUUCCCAUGGUUUGUUCCAUAUUUAAUGUUUAAUCUAUCGAUAAGGGAUGAGAUGUCAACCACCCACAACUCACAAAGUUCAACAGUCAUUGAAGGUGGAAUAAUUUCUUAG